AACUGCGCGCAAUCUUUUCAUAUAUCCCUUCAAUUUCUCCAUAGCAGAUACGUCUUUCUUCUUUCCCUUCUCAGUUCUCACCCUCAUAAAUAGAGAGAUCGACGUUCGCCAUUUCUCCCUCUCACCAAGCUCAAACCCAAAGCAAUGAAGAACUUUAUGAUUUUCUCUUCGACGCUCUUCUCUUUAAUUGCUCUUGGUCUCUUAAGCUGCUCGACUGCUCUGAAGGAGGGACAAACAUGCGUAGCAGACAGUAACUGUGAUUCAGGCUUACACUGCGAGACGUGUGUAGCAAACAGAAACGUACGGCCGAGAUGUACUCGAAUCCAACCUGUUAGUCCCUCUUCAAAGGUGAAGGGGCUGCCGUUCAAUCGGUACUCGUGGCUGACGACGCACAACGCGUUCGCGAGACUGGGAGAGAAGUCGGCUACAGGCGCUGUGAUUCUUUCUCCGACGAACCAGCAGGACACCAUUACCAGUCAGCUCAACAAUGGUAUUAGAGGGUUAAUGCUUGAUAUGUAUGACUUCAACAAUGACAUUUGGUUAUGUCACUCCUUCCGUGGCCAGUGCUACAACUAUACAGCUUUUCAACCUGCUGUUAAUGUUCUCAAAGAGAUCCAAAAUUUUCUUGAGGCAAACCCAUCAGAGAUCAUCACCAUUUUCAUUGAAGACUAUGUUACAUCCCCAAAGGGCCUGACCAAAGUGUUUGACUCUGCUGGCCUGAGGAAGUACUGGUUUCCUGUUUCUGGAAUGCCAAAAAAUGGUGGAAAUUGGCCAACAGUAGAUGCUAUGGUCCAGAAAAAUCAGCGUUUGGUGGUUUUCACUUCAAAAGCAUCAAAGGAGGCAUCUGAAGGGAUUGCCUAUGAGUGGAGAUAUGUGGUAGAAAACCAAUAUGGGAAUGGCGGGAUGAAAGACGGUUCAUGUCCGAACCGAGCAGAAUCGUCUUCCAUGAACACAACUUCAAGGUCGCUUGUCUUAGUGAACUAUUUUCGAGAUGUGCCGGAUAUAACUCAAGCUUGCAAGGAUAAUUCAGCUCCAUUACUCAGCAUGGUGAACACCUGCUAUGAAGCAGCGGGAAAACGAUGGCCUAACUUCAUUGCUGUUGAUUUUUACAAGAGGAGUGAUGCUGGGGGCGCCCCAGAGGCUGUAGAUGUGGCAAAUGGUCAUUUAGUUUGUGGAUGUGGAAAUAUAGCCAAUUGCAAGGCAAAUGUGAGUUUUGGAGUAUGUGACCUCCCUCAGGCUGGUGGUGUUGCCCCUGCACCAGGAGCAGUGUCAAAUGACAUUGGCUUUGGUUAUUUAAAUAGCAAACCAGCUGAAUUGCAGUGGCUGUUGGGAACAGCUUUUGUAACCCUUCUCUUGUCAUUGUGAAUAUCAUAGAUUUGCUACCUGUGCUCUUUUUCUGAGUUAAUGACAUGGAAAAGAGAAGGAAUCUAACCAAAAGUUAACCCAUUUGAAAUAGCGUUGAAUGGUACUCAUGUGAUCAAUAACUGAGAAAAAGAAGAUUUAGCAUACUUUUGUUGGUACAGUUUUGUCAGAUUGGACACUGUCAAGGAGACCACCUCAACUGUGGUGGUUGUAAAUCAAGGAUUUCUUUGGCCUUUUCUCUUGUCAUUUCGAAAUGUGAAUAGCACUUUGAAGUUUUC